AUGGCUCUCAUCAGGGAGAAAAGACUUCCGCAACUGCAGCUCUCGCUGCCAGUCCCGCCCCGCGCCGCUGGCCAGCGUCCCAACCCAAUGUUCGCGCCGGUGCCGGCGCCGACGCCGAAGAAGGCAUCGACACCAACAGCUCUAUCCAGCCAAUUCCGCCUCUCCGAUUUUGAUAAGCUCGCCGUGCUGGGACGAGGGAGCGGCGGCACCGUGUACAAGGUUCGGCAUCGCGAGACCUGCGCGCUCUACGCGCUCAAGGUCCAGCACUACGGAGACCCGGCCGCGGCCGCCGAGGCAGAGAUCCUCAGCCGCACUGCCUCGCCGUUCGUCGUCCGAUGCCACUCUGUUCUCCCCGCUGCCGCCUCCGGCGACGUCGCGAUGCUCCUGGAGCUAGUGGACGGCGGAUCGCUCGACUCCAUCAAGAGCCGCCAGGGCGCCUUCCCGGAGGCCGCGCUCGCGGAGGUAGCAGCUCAGGCUCUGUCGGGCUUGGCAUAUCUCCACGCUCGCCGCAUCGUGCACCUCGACAUCAAGCCGGCGAACGUCCUCGCAAGCACGGCAGGGGAAGUUAAGAUCGCCGACUUCGGCAUCGCCAAGGUGCUCUCUCGCGCCGGCGACCAGUGCACGUCGUAUGUGGGCACGACCGCGUACAUGAGCCCCGAGCGCUUCGACCCUGAGGCGCACGGCGGGCACUACGACCCGUACGCCGCCGACGUCUGGAGCCUGGGGGUCACCAUCCUUGAGCUCUUCAUGGGCCGAUACCCGCUCCUCCCUGCUGGGCAGAAGCCGAGCUGGGCGGCACUCAUGUGCGCUGUCUGCUUCGGUGAGGCGCCCGCGCUGUCCGACGGCGUAGCGUCGCCGGAGCUCCAGGGUUUUGUCGCCGCGUGCCUCCACAAAGACUACCGCAAGAGGGCGUCCGUGGCGGAGCUGCUUGCCCACCCGUUUGUUGCCCGGAGGGAUGUCUCAGUGUCGAAAUGUGCGCUCCAGAAGCUGGUCGCCGACGUAUCGUCGGAGUGCCGGAGUACGUGAUCCCCGUGGGCUACCGAACCAUGCACAUACAUAGUAGUAGAAUCAAUUUUGUUAGCCAUGUACAGUGCCCUACCAUGGCAUCUAACAUAGUAUCAGUUAGCUUAGCUCUG